CUUAAAUCUGGGUUAUUCUUCGUAUCCCCUCCCUCCUCUCCUUCUAUUCUUUGGAUCUGUCUUUCUUUCCCUUCCCUCUCUUCUGUCUCGCACCCCAAUCUGGUCUCUCCAUGCUGGAGGACCUUGCGGUGAUAUCAUGCUUCUCUGAUAGACCUUUUUUAGAAUCACAGCCAGGCUUGCAUCUCACUUUUAUCUGCGUGAACCAUACUUCUGCGUAGUGGUUUCUUCCAUAGCGGCAGGCAUCCAGAUUCCCGUCUAUCCACCGCAGACUAUAUCCGUCAUCAUUGAAAACCUAGCGCUAUUAUUGACUGUCAGAAUUCAGAAAGACAGCAAGCAUGUCAUCAUGCCUCUCUGGUCUGUUGAGCUGCUGCCUACCAACUAGUUGCUCGCCCAAAUCCACAACGGCAGCAAAGCAGUCUCCAUCAGUCCCUCACGAGGACACCAAUGGCCACACCAGCUCGCCAUCCAGGCCCAAUAUGAACCAGCUGGAUGACGGUUACACCCAAGUUGUCCCGCUCCCCAGAUACACUGCGCGACCUAUGAGCAUCCGGGAGAAGACGCUGGAAGCGCAUAUGCGCGAUCAUCCUAUCUCAUCAGACCAGUUGCGUUCGUCAAUGAUCGCAGACGAGAAACAGCGUCUGGCGUGGGAAGAAAGCGCAUCCCCAGAUUAUUCCCGGGAAGAGGUCACGUCGGACGUGUCAUCCGCUAUUUCGUUUCCUAGCAGCUACGGAAACACCUCUACAGCGACAAGGGAGACUCCCCCCCCUCCGUACUCUCCACCUCCCUGGUCUCCUGCGCCGUCCAGGUCCAUGUCUAUAUCUUCAGCGUAUAGACCUCUUCCCAUCUCUACCAUUACACCGCCACCACCUGUCUUCCAGCGUCCAGAGGGUACGUCGAGUGACCGCCAUACUCCACCUAGACGCAGCAUCGAUGGGCAGCUUUCACGGCCGCGAAGGUUUUCGUGGGAGAGCCGCUAAAAUUCUCUGCAUUUACAAGGACAUCGUCAACCUUCAACAGGCUUUUUUUUCGUAACUCAUAUGCAUAAUUACGUGCAUUCAUGCGGUCCCCUCAUACAUACGCACAUACGGUGUUAAUAUAUUCCCUAUCUUCUUAUGAUUUACCUGAUAUUACGGCCUGGCUUAAUGGGAAUGAGUCUGCGAAUGGACGGCUGGCGUUAUUGGGUUUCUUAUUCUUUGGUUAUGAUUUUUUUUUU